UUCCAACUAUUAACUCCUACAUGUAAAAUAACUAGAAGGUUGACAUUGACUACCGUCACUCAAAGAACGUUGUCUCCACUAAUUGUAAAUUGUGAAUUCGACUACAUCUUAGUCCACUUGUUUAUUAAAAAAAAGUUCAGUUACAAGCAAAACUUGAAACCACGUGGAAAAAGGCAAAAUUAGAAUGCAUCUGCAAAUCGAACAAUUCAGCGACGAAAUAAAGGAUCUGAUGAAAACCGUGUACCAGAAUCCGUUUCGUGGUGAUUUUGUUAAAGUGAACGGCGUAACGAUGCCGGAAAAAUAUGAAAAGUUGGCGGACGCCAUUGAGAAUUUCCAAGUUCGCGACGACGAUGUCUGGGUUUGCAGCUUCCCGAAGACCGGCACGACUUGGGCGCAGGAAAUGGUUUGGUGCAUCGCGAAUGAUCUCGAUUACGAACGAGCAAAAGUUCCUCUGACGGACAGGUUUCCUUACUUCGACAUUUCGGCGCAUGCCGACUUUCCUGCAAUGGUGGAGGCCAAUCCUGAAAUCCAGAUACCCAGCCAACUAGUUGACAGUGUCAAUUACACAGCCAAUGUACCCAGUCCGCGAUUCAUCAAGACCCAUCUACCGUUCAAUCUUCUUCCGCGGCAGCUCCGAACCGGGGAGAAAAGGCCAAAAAUUAUUUACAUCGUUCGCAACGUCAAGGAUACUUGCAUCUCUUACUAUCAUUUCAUGAGAAUCUUGGAAGAUCUGCAAGGGAGCUUCGAGGACUGGUGCAAUCUCUUUCUUAAUGAUGCUGUAAUGUACGGACCAUUUUGGAAGCACGCGCUUGGUUAUUGGAAGAAAAGAAUCGACGAGAAUCUGCUGUUCUUGAAGUACGAGGAUAUGAAAAAGGAUUUACCGUGGGUAAUAAAGAAGACUGCGACGUUCCUCGAGAAGAAUUUGACCACCGAUCAGUUGUCGUCCCUGACCGAGCACUUGAGUUUCGAGAACAUGAAAGCAAAUCCAGCGGUGAACAACGAACAUUUGAUUUAUGGAAUUAAGAAAUUGACGCAAUCAAAAGUCGAUGGAAAAUUCAUGAGGAGUGGCGAGAUGAACCAAUGGAAAUCCGAGAUGAGUCCGGAUAUCAUCGAACGAUUUGACCAGUGGACGCGAGAAAAUUUGGAGGGAACUCGUCUGUACUUUUAAAGAGAAUGUAGCGUACAAUAGCUUUAGGUAACAUCGUAAAAAAGUCCGUCAACACGGCAAGGCUUGGCCAGCGUAUUUAGUUAAUGAAUGUAUGACACUUUACACAAUUGGUAGAAAAAUAAGAGGCCAUCAUCACGAGCGGCGAACGUCGUCAACAACGCUGUGGAGGGAGUGCCAUUGUGGAGCUUUGCUAUCGUGAUCGCGUCACUACGCCACGAACCAAUCGCGCCGGGGAAUAAACCGAGAAAGAUCGUCACUGUUCAACUUCUUCCUCCGUCAGCGCUCGGCCGCUCCGUAAAUAACCUUCACGCAAAAUAAAAAUAUUCGUAAACAUUUAGACAGUUAUAAAAUAUUUCCAUACGCACAUUCUCCACAUAACCUUUAAUACAAAAUGUUACAUACACAUCCACCCAAAAUUGCUUUCAGUUUUGAUUUCAUCACGCGGCAUAUUAUAAAAAGCAAGCUGCUUGGGUGUGAGGUCUUCUUUGAUCCAGAAAUUACCGUAUCCCAUGGAUUUUUUAUUGAACAAUGAUCUCCAGGCUGCAAUGUGCUAAGUUAUAUGCGUGUUUUUGCUUCUAAAAUAUUUUUACUGCUUUACUUUGAAUUCGAUAAAAUUGAAUGAUGUAAUAUUUUGUAUGCCUUAUCAAUUGACUGGAAAUACAAUGGCUGUUAUCUAUAGAA